UGACCACAACAAGCUAUUCCUCUGCCUUCUCCUCUCAUCUCUCCCUCGCUCGACGCAGUCUUCUCCACAACUGUUCUUUGGAUUUGGGUCACGUACACGAUAUCCCCGUGGAUACCGUAAACACUGCCCUGCUAUCCCGCCGUUUAACCUUCUCCUUCCUCUGCUCUGAUUGUAGGAUAAAAGGGGGAUAGCGAAGCGAUACCAUGAUAUCCUUGUUCGACCGGCGAUCCUCCCCGAUGGCAGAGGCCGAGGACAUCGACCGUGACGGCCUGCUCGGCCACCACAGCACCCGAGCUAACGCUAACCAGGACUCCGGAGGCGGCGGCAAGUCCAUCACCCUCGGGCAGCUCUUCAAGCGCGUCGGCGACGCACACAGCGGCGGUGGCGUCACCGAGAACGAUGGCUACGCCUCCCCGGAGCACCACGUCCUCGAGCUCGAUGAGUUCGCCGCCGAAGGUGGCGCCGGCGAUCACUUGGCCUCCCGCCCUGUCCCUUUCGUGCUCGCCUUCACCGAUCUCUCGUACAGCGUGAAGAAGAACCGGAAGAUGUCGCUCUUCCGCACGAACGGCCUCGCCGUCGACCCCGCCGCCGGACUCCCGCCGAUGGAGGCGAUCUCUGGGACCAAGACGCUUUUGAAUUCCAUCUCUGGCGAGGCGAGGGAAGGGGAGAUCUUCGCGGUGUUGGGGGCGAGUGGCUCCGGAAAGUCCACCCUGAUCGACGCCCUUGCGAACCGCAUCGUUCGGGAGAGCCUGCAGGGUUCCAUCACCCUCAACGGAGAGAAGCUCGAGGGGCGGCUCCUCAAGGUGAUCUCCGCCUAUGUCAUGCAGGACGACCUCCUGUACCCCAUGCUCACCGUGGAAGAAACCUUGAUGUUCUCUGCGGAGUUCCGGCUGCCGCGGUCGCUGUCCGCCUCGAAGAAGAAGAGCCGGGUGCAAGCACUGAUCGACCAGCUCGGCCUCCGGUCCGCCGCCAAGACCAUCAUCGGCGAUGAGAUCCACCGCGGCGUCUCCGGCGGAGAGCGUCGCCGUGUGUCGAUCGGAAUCGACAUCAUCCACGACCCCAUCAUCCUCUUCCUCGACGAGCCCACGUCCGGCCUCGAUUCCACCAGCGCUUUCAUGGUCGUCAAGGUGUUACAGAGGAUUGCUCACAGCGGAAGCAUAGUGAUCAUGUCGGUGCACCAGCCGAGCUACCGGAUCCUGUGUCUUCUCGAUCGCCUUCUUUUCCUCUCCCGCGGACAGACGGUGUACAGCGGUCCGCCUGACGGCAUCCCCCGGUUCUUCGCCGACUUCGGCCACCCGAUCCCCGACAACGAAAACCCGACAGAGUUCGCGCUCGACCUCAUCCGCGAGUCUGAGGGCACUCCGGACGGUGCGAAGCCCCUCGUCGACUUCAACAAGUCGCGCCAGAACACACAACUCGCCCUGACUACCGCCGAGGAGUCGUCUGUUUCUCUCAAGGACGCCAUCAGCGCCAGCAUCUCUCGCGGCAAGCUCGUCUCCGGCGCGACAGACAGGACGACGUCUGCCUCGUCCGUCCAGAAGCACGCCAAUCCGUUCUGGAUCGAGAUGGCGGUGCUCACCAAGCGGUCGUUCACCAACACCAAGCGGAUGCCGGAGCUGUUCGCCAUCCGCCUCGGCGCAGUGCUCGUAACCGGAUUCAUCCUGGCCACCAUCUUCUGGCGGCUCGACAACUCGCCCAAGGGCGUGCAGGAGCGGCUCGGCUUCUUCGCCAUAGCCAUGUCCACCAUGUUCUACACGUGCGCCGACGCACUACCUGUCUUCCUCCAGGAGCGCAACAUCUUCAUGCGAGAGACGGCGUACAAUGCCUACCGCCGCUCCUCCUACGUCCUCUCGCAUGCCAUCGUCGGCUUCCCGCCGCUGAUCCUCCUGUCCAUCGCCUUCUCCUUGACCACCUUCUUCGCCGUCGGCCUCGCUGGGGGCACGCAGGGGUUCUUAUUCUUCGUGCUGAUCGUCCUGGCCUCCUUCUGGGCAGGCAGCGGCUUCGUCACCUUCCUCUCCGGCGUGGUGACGCACGUCAUGCUAGGUUACACCGUCGUCGUCGCCAUACUGGCCUACUUCCUACUCUUCAGUGGCUUCUUCAUCACCAGAGACCGCAUUCACGACUACUGGAUCUGGUUCCACUACAUGUCGCUGGUCAAGUACCCCUACGAGGCCGUGAUGCAGAACGAGUUCGACGACUCGCACAAGUGCUUCGCCCGAGGCGUUCAGAUGUUCGACAACACGCCGCUGGGUGGUUUGCCGGACGUGAUGAAGCUGAACGUGCUCAAGUCCAUGAGCAAUUCCCUGGGGGCGAACAUCACCGGCACCACCUGCAUCACCACCGGCACAGACAUCCUGAAGCAACAGAGCAUCACUCAGCUCGACAAGUGGGAGUGCCUGUGGGUUACAGUGGCGUGGGGCUUCCUCUUUAGGUUCCUCUUCUACAUCGCCCUCCUGCUCGGGAGCAGGAACAAGAGGAGGUAGAGACAGAUGUCGUCACCGUGUUGUGAAGUUUCUUUCUUCCUUCAUGUUAAACUUUUCUUUAUAUUUCUUACGAUCUAAGAGACGAACUACUACUUCAUGUGAUGUGGUUUCAGUGCAAAUCUGAAUAAAACACUGCUUGUUUGCUAAUU